AUGUCACAAAGAAAUAAGAAAGUAAAGGAAGAUACAGACUCAGAGAUAGAAGAAGAAGAAGAAGAGUCAGAUGUUGAUGAUUUCAGAAAUACAGAAGAGGAGGAUGAACGUAUGUCUUGUAAUAGUUUAACACUCUCGUUCGGCGAAUUCGUAGAUAUCGAUAAAUACUUACGUACACCAGUCAAAGAUCGUAAGAAAAGUAAUAGAUUGGAUAAUCUUAUUGCCGAGAAUGGUAUCGUCUUGAACGAAUGUCCACUCGAAAUUUCGCAAGUGGUGUCCGGGCAAUUUCUUGGUGGUAAUUUUAUCGUGGAUCUCAAGGCAAGAGCACAAACGGCCGCGUAUGUCAAAUUCUUGGUAUAUCGCAAAUCGGACAUCAGUAAACUACUCUGGAAUAUCCAUAUGUAUGGUUACGAGACCGAUCCACAUUGUAUUAGAAGUAAGAUAAAGAAAUUUAUGACUCAAUACAACUUCUACACAGCCGAAUAUUCGAAAUCAGUCACAAAUUUUAGUUGUGAUGAUUGUGCAAAUACUACAGUAGUUCAACAACAGAUGGAGAAGGUAAUACACACAAUAACAGAUAGACUUUUAGAGAUAGAAAAAACAAUAUCAGAAAUCAAAACACAGCAACAUCAACAACAACAACCAACAAAACAUUAUGUACAAGUUGAGAGAUUGGAUAUCACGACAGAUAUUAAUAUUAUAGACGAUGAUAUUAAAGGAAUCAGUGAUGAUCGUUGGUUAAAUGACAAUUGCAUUAAUGGGUUAAUAGUUAAAUUUAUGCAACACCGCUUUACUUCGGAGUAUGAUCAUCAUCUGAUUCGAGUGUUUGAUAGUUUAUCGUUUAGUAGACCAGUUCAACCGCUGUACGACAAUAGCACAUUGUUUUCAAUUAUUCCAUUCAACGCCAACAACAAUCACUGGGUUUUGUAUUUGGCAAAACGAACCAGAGACAAAGAGACACGAUUGGUUGGUCAUCAGAUCUUUUGUCAUGACUCACUCGGUGGUAAGAGCCCAUUGCCAGAUUCAAUCAAGUCGUUUUUCAAGACUGGUCAAGUGAAUCAUUUGUCUAUUUUCCGACAAGUAGAUACUAUCAACAGUGGUGUAUAUGUUCUCAUGUUAGUUGAAUAUUUAAUAAAUAACUACAGUCAACUGGGAGAACAUACAGACAUCGAACAUUUUUUCUAUGAUAUAGAUGCAUCAGCAUAUGACACCAAGCAGUACAGAGAAAGACUUGUUGAUAUCAUUAGAAAUGGUGCAGUGACAUCCGAGUAUCCUUGUUUAUCUGUAGCUAUGGAGAAUGAUGGUUAUUCGUUUGACUGUGGUUCAUCUGACCAUGAGACAACAACCACCACCACCACACCAAAAGGUAAAAAACAAGUCUCCAAUUUAUCUCCACUCCUCAUACCAGCACAGCUGUAA